AUGUCGGAGGUUUGCUGCGAGGUGCCGGCGGUGCCCGAGGCGGAGGGGAAGAAGAAGGGCGCGGCGGAGUGCGACGCCGGGAGCGCCGCGGCCCGGCGGAGGAGGAUGGAGAUCCGGCGGCUCAGGCUGGCGGCCGAGCGCGAUGGGGCCGAGGAGACGUCCAGGAAGAGGCGGAAGGUGGUGGUGGCGGAGGAGGCCUCCACGGACGAGGAGGAGAGCAGCGUGGAGAUUGAGCCCGCGAGGUACGGCGUGACGUCCGUGUGCGGGCGACGGAGGGACAUGGAGGACGCGGUUUCCAUCCAGCCCGACCUCCUCCCCGGCCACCACUUCUUCGGGGUCUUCGACGGCCAUGGCUGCUCGCAUGUCGCGACCUCCUGCGGCGAGCGGAUGCACGAGAUCGUGGCCGACGAGGCCGGCCGCUCCUCUGGGUCCUCGUCCGACGACGCGGAGCGCUGGAAGGGCGUCAUGGAGCGGAGCUUCGCGCGGAUGGACGCGGAGGCCGUGGACUCCCGCGCCAGCAGCGCCGGCGCCGGCCCGGCACCCACAUGCCGCUGCGAGCUGCAGCUGCCCAAGUGCGACCACGUGGGGUCCACGGCCGUGGUGGCCGUCCUCGGCCCGCGCCACCUCAUCAUCUCCAACUGCGGCGACUCCCGCGCGGUGCUGUGCCGGGGCGGCGCGGCCGUGCCGCUCUCGGCCGACCACAAGCCGGACCGGCCCGACGAGCUGGCGCGGAUCCAGGCGGCGGGCGGGCGCGUCAUCUUCUGGGACGGGGCCCGCGUCUUCGGGGUGCUGGCCAUGUCGCGCGCCAUCGGGGACAGCUACCUCAAGCCCUACGUGGUCGCGGACCCGGAGGUCAGGGUGCUGGAGCGGCGGGACGGGGAGGACGAGUUCCUCAUCCUCGCCAGCGACGGGCUCUGGGACGUCGUCAGCAACGAGGUGGCGUGCAACGUGGUGCGGGCAUGUGUGCGGGGCGCCGGACGGAGGCGCCGCCGCGGGGAGGGGCGGGCCAGCCCGACGUCCAACCUCAGUCCGACCCAGAGCAGUGGAAGCGGCAGCGGAAGCGGGAGCAGCAGCGGCGAGGAGGCAGUUGCCAACGACUGCGCCGGUUCCGGCGAGGGAUCGGAGAGCGACGAGGAGAUUGGCGAGGUGGACCGGGCGUGCGCCGAGGCGUCCAUCCUGCUCACCAAGCUGGCCAUCGCGCGGCAGAGCUCCGACAACGUCAGCGUCGUCGUCGUCAACCUUAGGCGGCGCCGCCGCCCGAGAUUCUGACCCGACCACUGGAUCCGUGGGACGGAUCCACCGAGCUAGCCGUGUCCAUGACCAUGCAUGCCUGACUCAGGCGGAACGUGGCAUCCAUUGCGGGAUUCAUGAUUACUAUAGUAGAACAUAAUUUGUUUUCGCUUAUUUUUCGGGGGACGUAAAGGUGUUCGUUCAGAUCCGCCGCGGAUCCAACCCACACCGCCCCCGCCAUUUUCAUUUCAAAAGCCGGUGGUGCUUGCCUUUGCUCCCGGCGUGUCAAAGAAACUUUCUCAAUCGAGAGAAACUGUAAUAUAAUCCGGUGCUAUACCCUUUGGCUCGUGGAAUCGAUCAAAGCUUACUCCAUGCAUUCGCGCC